GAAGGGGUCUGGGUCAGAUCAACCUCUCUAUUAGCCUCUGCUGGCUCUUCUGGACCCCUAACUUCUCUGACCCUCAUCCCACAGUGUCCAGAGAAAAAUGAGCUGAGUAUCAGAUCAAGCCCUCUAGGAGACACCUUUGCUUAUGUUAUGAUUUUUCCUUGCUCUUCCCAACCCCCAGGCUGUGCCCUUCCUGCCUGGAGAUGCCAGGAAAAUCUGGGCCUGGGAUGGGCUGGCUGGCCAACCCUCCAAAAUAAGAGCUGGGCGGGCAGUCAUCUUGUACCUAAGCACCCAGAAGUUCCAUCCACCUCCAGGCUGAGGGGGACCCCAAAGAUGCUCGCCUGCCAACCACUUCAUGGAAAGGAAAGCUAAUGGCAUGUCAUGAUGUCCCAGUGGUGCCCACUGUGAGGUGAGCUGUGCUGGCCUGGAGGAGUUCCUUUACUGCUUCAGUUGGACUCUGUCUGUUCCAUCCCCCUGCUUCAAGUUAUCCCAGGUGUGUCCUGCCACAGAGUGGGCCUGGGCAGAACCUGGGAGAGAAGUGAACAGAACCUGGCCGUGGAAUAGGCUCCGAGGCCAGCCUGUUCUCAGCCUCAGCCCUUUGUCUGUGGCUUUGUGAUGGUAAGUGCUGCUCCUAAAUCAGGUCUGUGACACUGUUAUUGUUGCCCAGGGCGCAAAGAGUCUAAACUUUUCCCCUGAGGUCAAGAAUGUGGCCAGUCCCCAAGCCGCCCAGAGCAAGGCCUGGGUGGCUGGGGGUGGGGCUGGGGCCUCACCCCGAGCCCAGGCGAGAUGUGUGGAGGGGAGGGGGUCAGGAGGAACAAAACGCUUUGAAAUGCCUCCUCUCCAUCACUGCCAACAUUGUCCGCUGCCCGCGGGGGGCCUGGCACCGCCUCGCCGGGGCUCCGGCCCCCAGCCCUGGCCAGGCCUGGCCCAGCAUCUGAAAAUGGACAGAAGGUUAUUGUCCCUUCCCGCAGCCCUUUGUCUGCCCCAGUUCCAGAUGUCUAGGCUGGGACCAGGGAACUGACCCAUGGUGGGCAGGGAGGAGGGGACAAAAGGGGAGAACACGGGUCACUGCAUCCUGAGGAGUCGUUCCCAGACCCUGAGAUCCCACCCAGCCGCAGCCAAGUCACCUUCUGGGCCAGUUUAUCUUUGGGAUUGUCCCUAUUCCUUGGCCCUCUCCCCAGACUAGGUUCCGGUCCCUGGAGAAAAGGCACAGGAGUGUAGAACAGGAGGCCUUGGGAGAUCCAAAGGCAGGCCAAACCCCUCUACCCAGGUAACAGCUGUGACCUUGAGCCUGCUUUCCCUGUAUGGGGGCUCCUGAGCCAGUAAUGACAGAGCUCUACCUACCAGCGCCACUCUGAGCUUGGAGGCACCCAUGGUGGCAGGGUCUCUCUGUCCCUUGCUGAUUGUGGUCAAUAGUCAUACUGGCAAGAUGGGACAUUUCACACCUAUCCUCAGUUGGGUUGUGGGCAGACCACUUUACCUGCAUUGUCAAAACCAAGGGCAAUUAAUCUUGUCUCCACUUUCCAGCUCUGGAGACAGAAAGGCUGAGAAGUAGUCACUGACCCCAAGCCAGGUAGCCAGGAGGCAGUGAAGCUGGGAUCCUCGCCCAGGCCAACCGCAGCCACCAGGAGGAGUAAUUGCUAAUAAAUACUUGGAAGGUGCCUUGGCCCAACUCUUCAUCUAGUGGUGUUAACUCCAUCCGUUGGUUUUCCCGUUUCACAGAUGGGGCUCCCAAGCCCAGACCUAGGAAAGAGGACUCAGGGGGGCCUAAAUAGCAGCCCAGAGGGCUGUUCUAGAGCCUCUGAACAGGCUGAGCAGCAUCCAACCAGCUCUUGGUGACUGACUCUUCACACCUUGGGUUUCCUCUUCCCUCUUCAGUAAAUACUCUCCCAUGCCACAAAGUUGUCAAAACGAAGUCAAAUAAGUUGUUAAGGCAUUUAAUUAAACCCCUGGUGGCUUUAAGGCUAACAGGAGGAUAGCUAUUAUUAUAAUUCUUCUCAGUGGGGAUUGGUAACAUUUGAACCUCACUUGGAUUCACCUGGGGACAAGGCUCUGUGUGGAGGGGCAUGCUAGUUGUUGAGGGGGUUGAGGACAGCCAUACUUAGCCUUCUUGGGAUCUCUAGAAGUCUCUGCUAAAUGUGGGGAAUGCAGAAAGCUGAGAGGCAGACGCUCCUGCCCGAACCCGAGGAGUUAACCACUCCCAGGCCCAGUAGGGCUGCCACGCUGCAACCUAGAAACGAUUUUAGCAGAAGAGCCAGGGCUACUUCUGAUGGGCAAAACAGCUGGCUGCUUAGGGAAAACAGCUGGCCUAGUCCCAGCCUCCUAAGAGCAGAGGCAGAACCUCGGAGGACAGAACCACAUCUGGGGGUCCUCAAAGAGGAAGCAUAGUCAAGGAGAGGGUGGUUCUUUGGAGCGUGUGGGUGUUGGGUGGAUACCCUGGAGACAAGAGGGGUGUGGACCAAUUUCUAGAGCAGAAGCCAGAGUAUGCUAAGUUUAAACAGACUAGGCAAGAGUGUCUCCAGUUGGGAUCUGGGGUCUCAAUCGUCCCUCAAAUAGGACAGAUGAAGGACAGAAGAGCCUAAGGUGGACAAGUCUCCGCUCUACCCUGGGUCAUCUUGGAACUAGGCUUGGAACCAGAGGUGGUAAUGGUACCCAGGCUGGUCUCUUGGUCUGUUCAACUGCACCCAGAACCAAGAACAGGGUGAAGGCUCAUCCUCUGGCCAGGAUCGUGGGCUUCUGUGACCACAGAGCAGGACAGGGGCCCAGAGAGCCUCCAACCCAAGAGCCGGGAAGCUGACAGCUGGACCAUUGGCCUGGAAAGAGCCCCACAGGAAGCUGCGACCAGAGCUAGGCUAGAGAUCUGACCCCAGGGUUCAGCCCCCAGGAUGCUGUUCAGCCCCAGGGCUGGAGCUUGGAAGGUGACGAGAGGACGCUUACGCCCCAGAUCAGCGGCACCACCCCGCCCCACCCGGGCUUGCUCUCCAGCCCGUGUCAUCUGGAGGGUGUGCCACAGACCACAACGUGGACAACACCACAGAGAUGCUACAGGAGUGGCUGGCUGCAGUGGGCCAUGACUAUGCAGCCGUGUUCUGGAAGCCCGAGGAGGAGGCCAGGCCCUACCCAGAUGAACAGAGUCCCAAGCACUGGACCAAAGAAAGGCAUCAAUAUUUGAUGGAGCUGAAGCAGGAAGCCCUGACCUUUGCCAGGGCCUGGGGAGCCGAUUACAUCCUGUUCGCAGACACAGACAACAUUCUCACCAACAACCAGACACUGCGGCUUCUCACAGAGCGGCACCUGCCAGUGGUGGCCCCCAUGCUGGACUCCCAGACCUAUUAUUCCAACUUCUGGUGUGGGAUCACUCCACAGGGCUACUAUCGCCGCACAGCUGAAUACUUCCCUACCAAGAACCGCCAGCGCCAGGGCUGCUUCCGGGUCCCCAUGGUCCACUCUACCUUCCUGGUGUCCUUGAAGACUGAGGAAACAGCCCGGCUUGCCUUCUACCCGCCUCAUCCCAACUAUACUUGGCCUUUUGAUGACAUCAUUGUCUUCGCCUAUGCCUGCCAGGCUGCUGGGGUCUCAGUGCAUGUGUGCAAUGACCAUCGUUACGGGUACAUGAAUGUGGCGGUGAAGGCCCACCAGGGGCUGGAAGAAGAGAAGGCCAACUUCAUCCACCUGAUUUUGGAAGCACUAGUGGAUGGGCCCCCCAUGCUGGCCUCAGCUCAUGUGUCUCGGCCCCUAAAGAAGCCCAACAAGAUGGGAUUUGAUGAAGUCUUUGUCAUCAGCCUGGCCCGCAGACCCCAGCGCCGGGCUCGGAUGCUGAGCUCUCUCUGGGAGAUGGAGAUCUCUGCUCAAGUGGUAGAUGCUGUGGAUGGCAGGACACUCAACAGCAGCGUCCUUAAGCACCUGGGUGUGGACCUGCUCCCUGGCUACCAGGACCCCUACUCGGGCCGCACACUGACCAAGGGUGAGGUGGGCUGUUUCCUCAGCCACUACUCCAUCUGGGAAGAGGUGGCUGUCAGGGGCCUGGACAGGGUUGUGGUGUUUGAGGAUGACGUACGCUUUGAGGACAACUUCCGGAGGCGGCUGGAACGGCUGAUGGAGGAUGUGGUGACUCAGAAGCUUUCCUGGGAUUUGAUCUACCUUGGCCGGAAGCAGGUGAACCCUGAGGAGGAAGUGGCUGUGGAGGGUCUGCCUGGUCUGGUGGUGGCUGGAUACUCCUAUUGGACACUAGCAUACACCUUGAGUCUGGCAGGCGCCCGCAAACUCUUAGCCUCUCAGCCUCUUCGACGCAUGCUACCUGUGGAUGAGUUCCUGCCUGUCAUGUUUGAUCAGCAUCCAAAUGACCAGUACAAGGCACACUUCUGGCCUCGGGACCUUCAAGCCUUCUCAGCCCGGCCUCUGCUUGCCUCCCCCACCCACUAUGCGGGAGAUGCCGAAUGGCUCAGUGACACAGAGACAUCUUCCCCCUGGGAUGAUGACAGUGGCCGCCUCAUUAGCUGGACUGGCUCUCAAAAGUCCCUUCGUGGCCCCCACCUGCACCUGGCUGGCAGCAGUAGAUAUAGCCCCCAUCCUCACCCCAGGAAUGAGCUCUAGCCUCAGGCCCAUGAAUUCUGAGUGGGAACUCCAACCAGCAACAAGAACGGAGAGGGUGAAUGGACAGAAGCGGCAGAGCCAACAGAAGCCUGGCUGCUGUCUUGGGCUCAGCCCUUCUGCCACCCUCUGGACCCAUCCCAGUUUGGGAGAGCCACUCAGAGAGUCCAUUCCCAAAUGUCACAAAGUGAAAAGACAAGACUCUUGAUUCUGCAUACAGAUUUAGAGCCCAGUGGGCUCAGGAACAAGGGAGGCCUCAGCCUUCAGGUUUCCAGCUGACCAGAUCCCAGAAUCCUGCCCUCUCUGAGGACUCAACUGCUGGGACUACCUUGCCUCCAUCUACCUCCACCUCAGCCCCCUCCCUGGCUUCACAUCUGGGGCUCACUAGCUCCCUCUUCCCUGGCUGGUAGAAAGUGCAGGAAGGUGAGAGGCACACCUGGUGCUCUGCACACAGUAGGCCUUCAAUAAAAGUCCUCUAUAUUAGCAUUUCAUACUUCACUAA